GCGAUGCUUGCGGACUGCGAUUUCAUCGCAGCGCUGCGCCACUGGGCCUGCGCGACAAAGUUGACCAACAUGCACGUGGAGAGGAUGUUGGCCGCCCUGAAGCUCCAGCUCGGCAUCACUGGCAAAGAGCGGCGUUGCCGGCAACUCGGGGUGGAACACCUCACCGCCGACCAGUAUUCUGAGGUGACGUUGGACGCCCAGAUGGAGUGGUCGUGCAUGUCGGAGACCUCCAAGCAGGGGUGGGCCCACAAGGCCCACGCUGACUGGUCCAUGCGUAUUUCGGAUGAGAGGGAGCUUCAGGAAGUGCGGGCGGAGGACGAGAAGCGGCUGGACCAGCGUAUCGCCGCGAACUUUUGGGGCUUGAGUUCACGAUGGUCUCCAAUAUCUUCAGAAUGGUUUGAGACUGCGGCAAGGCGCGCGAUGGGGCUCGACGCCGACAAGGACCUCGGUGGCCACCGGCGUUACUGCGCCAAGCUCAGGGAGGGCAUGGCGGAGAGCUUGAUCGUGGAUGAUUCGACGAGCAUCCCGAGCGGGUCGAAGGUUGACGCGCCUCUGCCGUGUUGGAAGGUAUUCCCAGGGUUGUGUCGAACAAGGGAUGCGUGGUGCUUGUCUGAGAUUAGUCGUGCCCUCCGCAGGCUGGAGACGUAUUUGAAGCCCCUCGCUGGUGAGUUCGUCAGGUUUCGGGGGUUUCGGCGAGACGGCUCGGUCAAAACCAUGACUUCGCUGGUUAUGCACGUGCGCAUGGCUCGGCCUGCCGUCGCCAUCCUCGCGAAGGCCACCUUCGAUGACACGGGCGAGCAGCGGAAGGUGUGCGUCUCCAAGCAGCCUGAUGGGAGGGCUUGGGUGCUUACCGCAGGGAUGGUUCUCAGAGGCAUCGUGCAGGGGUGCGAGAAGAUGGCGACGCCGCGCAUCAGCAAGUUGGAAGUUUCGCACCUGGUUGUCCGGCACAGGCGCCGCGGCAUUGAUCUUCUCGAGGAGAAGCCCGCCCACAACGUCUUGGACAUGCCCUUCGACGCCGACGACGGCGUGAAGCUGGGCCCGGCCAUGGAGAGGUGGAAGUCACUACUCGAGCUGGGGAUGGAGGCCGUGGGCGAGACAACGAGCAAGAGGCGCAGGACCGAUGUCUUGCACGCUUGGACGGAGAUCAGCGAUGACGAGGGGUCCGACUUGGAGGAUCUGGUCUUUGGC